ACAUUAGCUAGCGCUCGCUCUACGCUCUUCUCUGCAACAGGGGAACACACGGAAUACAAGGAACCGAACCGCCUCGCCUGCCCCGCGCCCGCCCGCCCGGACUGUAACCCCCGUGCUCACGCCGCAGCCGCCGCGCACCCAGGCGGUUUCGCUGCUGUUGGUUUGGUUGAAGGGUCACAUAACGUUAUCUCCUGGAAGGUGACUCGCGGCCGGGGACCCGGCGGCGGCGCGGCCCGUGCAGCAGCAGCCGCCGGGGCGGCCGCCGGGCUGGGGUUAAUUUCUGUGGUUGUUGGUUGCCGAGUUGUCGCGCCAUGGAGGAGAACGGUGCACACUUCUUCGAAGGGACCGAGAAGCUGCUGGAGGUGUGGUUCGCCCGGGAGCAGCCCUCGCCGCAGGAGCCGCACCAGAGCAAGGGGUCCGGCGAUCUCCGCACCAUCCCCAGGUUUGAGUGGGACAAACUUUUGGAGAAUGUGCAUUGUUUGAUCAUAAGUGUGACAAAAACUGACAAGCAGGAAGCUUAUGUACUCAGUGAGAGUAGCAUGUUUGUCUCCAAGAGACGUUUCAUUUUGAAGACAUGUGGUACCACCCUCUUACUGCAAGCACUGGUUCCCCUGUUGGAGCUUGCUAGGGAGUACAGUGGGUUUGACUCAAUUCAGAGCUUCUUUUACUCGCGUAAGAAUUUCAUGAAGCCUUCCCACCAGGAGUACCCACAUAGGAAUUUCCAGGAAGAAGUAGAGUUCCUUAAUGAAAUUUUCCCAAAUGGAGCAGCUUAUUGCAUGGGGCGUAUGAAUUCUGAUUGCUGGUAUUUGUACACUCUGGAUUUCCCAGAAAGUCGGGUAACCAAUCAGCCAGAUCAGACACUGGAAAUUCUGAUGAGCGAGCUUGAUCCAGUAGUUAUGGACCAGUUCUACAUGAAAGACGGUGUUACUGCAAAUGAUGUCACUCGUGUGAGUGGAAUUCGUGACCUGAUACCAGGUUCUGUCAUUGAUGCUACAAUGUUCAAUCCUUGUGGGUAUUCAAUGAAUGGGAUGAAAUCGGAUGGAACUUAUUGGACUAUUCACAUCACUCCAGAACCAGAGUUUUCUUACGUUAGUUUUGAAACAAACAUUGGUCAGACAUCCUAUGAUGAGCUGAUUAGAAAGGUUGUAGAUGUUUUCAAGCCAGGAAAAUUUGUUACCACCCUUUUUGUUAAUCAGAGUUCUAAAUGUCGCACAGUGUUUUCUUCUGCCCAGAAGAUUGAAGGGUUUAAACGUGUUGAUCGCCAGAUUGCUCAGUUCAAUGAUUACAAUUUUGUUUUUACCAGUUUUGCCAAGAAGCAGCAGCAGCAACAUAGUUGAUUAAGAAAAAUGAAGAAAAAACGCAAAAAGAGAUCCCUUAUAGAAGGUGGUGGCUGCUUUCUAGUUAAUGAUUCAGGGGGCCAUGCUUUCCACUACCACCUUGUAGUUGCGGAAAGCCCUAGAUGUAAUCAUAGUAUAAUCAUUUUGAAUUGUAUGCAUUAUUAUAUCAAGGAGUUAGAUAUCUUGCAUGAAUGCUCUCUUCUGUGUUUAGGUAUUCUAUGCCACUCUUGCUGUGAAAUUGAAGUGCAUGUAGAGAAAUGUUACUGUAUGAGACUUUACAAAACUUGUAAAAACAACUCAAUUAGGAUUUCACACAGUAUAGCUUUUCUCCAGGUAUCACCAAAAAUUCCCCACAGACAAGGCUUUCGUCCUCAUUAGACAUUGGCUUCAGCCUUCUCAUCUUGGACAGUUCUUUGUUAAAUUGCUGCCAGAUUUUUUUCCAUCUUUGCUGUCAUUUCAAUCUUUAGACCAUUUCUUGACAAAUUUGUGUUCUCUAAUGAAAUUGAUUUCUAAGUCAUUUCAAUGGUUGAAUCAAAGUUCUUGCACUUGAUAGAAAUUAUUUGGCAAGAUUGAGAACAAGUAAAGACUACUACAGAUAGGGGUGUGGUUUUUUAUUUGAGAGAUAAUAAAAUUACUCUUACUCAUAGCUUUAGUCCUUUAAACUCAUAGGAUUUUGUUCAGAAAGACUAAAGGGCAAUAUGCUAUAGCACUGUGGGAUAAUGCACUAGCCUUUCACUUCUAGAGACUUGGGUUCAAAUAUUAGCUUAGGUCAAGUUUGGUCUCAUCCCAUUUACUGCCCAAGUUGAUAUUGGCUCGUAGGGUAGUCUACAUUCAGAGGAGGUCCAGGAAAUAAUUUGUCAGGAUACAGAUGCUUUGGCAUAGUUGAACUGGUACUUUGAAAAGCUGUUACUGUUGUUGCUUAUAAUUUUUCACCUUUUGUAAUCUACUCAAGCUACAUGUUUUUAAGACUAACUUACUAAAGCUGGUGCACUCAAAUUUGUUGGCAGAUGGACCUAGCAAAAAAGACGGUGGAAUUUACCAGGCUAGCUAUGCUAAUGAACUUGGGUCAUUCUCAAUAAACUGUUACACAUUAACUUUCAUUUCCAGUUUUGAAAAAAUAUGCUAUAAACUGGUCUAAAUGUCUUUGUUUUGUCAUUCCAAACAAAAUCAAUGCCUUUAUCUUGUGACUGAAAGUCCUGUGGCGUUGUGCAUGUGACUAAUGCUGUAUUCGACAGUGUUGUGACUUCACCUGUUUUCCUCCUAACUAAUGUGGUGGUUCCUUUUACCAUGACUUGAUGGCAUUAAGUGAAUGCGUAGAAUAAGAACUGUCUGGGACACCUGGACACAGUGAAAUUAGAAUGCUAUUCAUAGUAAAAGUAUGUAAUUCAGUCACUUAAUAUCUAUUGACUAAUAGAUGCAGGCUUUCAAGAGUUGGCAUAUUUUCAGGUAUGUUUGCAAAUACUGUGGGAUUUUAGCAGAUGAGACCAAGUUAAUAACUACAAAUUUGAGACUUCCCUCUUGUCCUCACAAUAUUGUUUUGACUUUCUGGAUUGACGCAGUGGUGUUUUUUGUUCCUUCCGUAUUUAUAAAUGAAGCACCUUUUUAGUGUUUCUAAAUUAAGAAAUCUGCUUGGUUGGAAAUCAAGUGGUUGGAACAUUAUUUUGACUUAUUUUAACCAUAUUGUUGAUUGAAAACUUCAUUGAAGAAGUUAUCUACCAAUGUUAACAAUUUUCUUCUGUAGAUGGCACCCAGUGGUUUUUUUGGUGCUUUAUAUUUUGAGGACCAAUAUUUUAAGUGGUUUUUGUUCUUGAACAUUGUCCCAACUGAUUUGACAUUAUGUUGGCUUGAGGUCCUAUAAUACAAACAGACCGAAGAUCUUUCUGAGUAAAGUUGAAAAAAAUGCAAAUUUAUAUAAACAAGCCUUAGAUAGAAAAUGAAAGCUGUUGAAUGGAUUAUUAAUGAACUAUCUUUGGUGAUCAGGAGAGGGGGAAGUAUGGUUUUAUAAUUUCUCUAUGGUGUUAGACUUUGAUAAUUUAAAUAUAUCUGUACCACAAAACUUAAUGCUUCAAUAAAAGUUUGCUUAAUAAAAUGUCUGUAGUGAUGAUUCAGUAUGUUACAAAUCACACUUUGUGCUUUUUUGUUUGGCUUAGUUGAAAUAUGAAUCAGAUUAAUGUAUUCAUUAGCUUGAAUUUACUUCUGCGCUUAAAAACUUGGGGAUAUGCAUUGUAUACAUUGAACAGAAUAUAUACUUAUAGCCUAAAGGGACAGUAUACCAAAACAAGUCAAAUGAGAUGUUAAGCAGCUCUUAUUCUUUCCAAAUAAAUACUUACCACAUUAACCAAA